AUGACAGAGGAGGAGGACCAAGCCAAGAAGGAAAAGGCUCCGCCCAAGAAGACCCGGGCUAAGCGGAAGCCCGCUGCUGCUGACGAUGGGGGCAAUACAUCUGAAGAGGCCCCAGUCGUGAAGCGGACGCGUGGAAGGCCGGCAAAGGACCCGUCUCCACCAACAACGAGGCCCCGGCCAGCGAAGACGGCAGCGCAGCAAGCCAUCGCCACCAGGGCUUCUGCCAAGGUGAGGAAGGCGUCAGAUGAACCGCAACCCGAUGCCGAUGUGGACGUCCCGUCCACCAGCAAGGGACCUUCACGGAAGGCGCCAAGGGUGAGCCGAAAGGCGCGAUCACCAAGCUCCUCCCCGAGCGACGCCACCUCUGCCGCUACCAAGGCAACCAAGCGUCGACACCGCUCGCGCAGUCACUCCCGCGGCAGCAGCAGCCAUCAUGCCAAGAGGGGAAAGAGCCGCGGCAGAUCCAGGCGCUCGUCCCGCAGCGGCCGCGGUGGCCACAAGCGCAAAGCCAGCCACCGAGGAGAAUCCACCACCGCCUCGGAGACCAGCCACAGACAAAAGAGGGGACGCAAGAGCCGUCACCACCGCUCCAAGAGCACCUCUUCUGCAGUGAGCGCGACUACAAAGACUGGCGGGAAACGGCGGCGCCACGCCCGUAGCAUUCAUUCGUCGUCGACACGUAGAGGUCGGCGGGUCAAGUCCAAGAAGGCGGCGAGCAGCACCUCGUCGAGAUCCCGGCGUACCAAGCCUGCGGCCAAAGCUACGAAAAGCCAGAAGCGGAAGUGA